AUGGGUGAUCUUGGCCCUCUCGUGUCCGACGAGCUGGAACAGGUGCCAAAUCCCCUUACCGUGACCAGGGACUCUGUGAAGGAUAUCAAUGUGCUGGUGACUGGCUUUGGCCCUUUCAAAACCAACGCCGUAAACCCCUCGUACCUGAUCGCUUCAGCCCUGCCCAAAACAGUCACUCUACCCCAAGCCUCCCCCACCUCCCCCACCUGCUAUGCCCGCAUCCAUAUCCACCCGGAGCCGAUCCGCGUCUCCUAUGCCGCCGUUCGCUCCGCCGUGCCCACAAUAAUUGAAAGCUUCAAGAAAGACAAUGAUGGCCGCCCGCCAGAUCUUAUCAUUCAUAUCGGCAUGGCUUCCACCCGUGAGUGCUACACAGUCGAAACAGUGGCCCAUCGCGACGGCUACAACAUCACCGAUGUAGAUGAACAAGUUGGCUUCAAGGCGGGCGAAGCUCUCUGGAAAGAGGCCGGGUUGCCUGCUGUGCUUAGACCGGGUCCAUCCACUACAUCCACCAAUGAUGGUGACGAGAGUUCUGCUCCGAGGAAAUCAGCAGCUACCGCUGUCUACACUACCAGAGAUAUCUCAAGCACCUCAACCUUCAUCACAAGCACUAGAGGUGGCACAACCACCACAUUGACUACUACUACUACUAGCACUACUACUACCACGGCCAGGACAAAAGCUCCACCCUUGUCCUCACCAUCACCAGACGAACAAGACCAAGUCCAAGACCAAACGCAAACACUACGCAACACAAUAACCACCACCAUUGCCUCAACCGCACCCAAGACACCGACCUCUCCGUCCCCGCCAGACGCACGUUUCCUCAAGACAUGGCGAUCCUUCGCACCGCAGACGGCAGAGUUGUGCCUCUCCGAUGAUGCUGGGAGGUAUCUCUGCGAGUUUAUCUUCUAUACGAGCUUGGCGCAGGCAUAUAUGGAGCGGAGGAAUCGGAGUGUUGUGUUUCUGCAUGUGCCUGGGCGGACGGAUGAGGCGGGUAUUGAGAUUGGGAGGGAUGUUACGGUGGCAUUGGUGAAGUGUUUGGUUGCUUGUUGGGUUGAUUGA